AUGGCGUCCCGCAAGAAGGUUCUAUUGAAGGUUAUCAUCCUUGGUGAUAGCGGUGUGGGCAAGACCAGCUUGAUGAACCAAUAUGUCAAUAAAAAAUACAGCGCCAGCUACAAAGCCACCAUCGGAGCUGAUUACCUUACCAAGGAAGUCAUGGUAGACGGACGGCUGGUCACUAUGCAGAUAUGGGAUACUGCGGGGCAAGAGAGAUUCCAGUCAUUGGGAGUCGCUUUCUACCGAGGUGCCGAUUGCUGUGUCCUCGUAUACGAUGUCAACAACUCAAAGAGUUUCGAGACCUUGGAUAGUUGGAGAGACGAGUUCCUCAUUCAAGCUAACUUGAGGGACCCCGAAAGCUUCCCGUUUGUUGUACUUGGAAACAAGAUCGAUGUUGAGGAGAGCAAAAGAAUGAUAUCCUCAAAAAGGGCCUCUACAUACUGCCAGUCGAAGGGUAACAUUCCCUACUUCGAGACUAGUGCCAAAGAGGCUAUCAACGUAGAGCAAGCGUUUGAAGUGAUUGCCAAGAGUGCUCUCAUGCAAGAAGAGUCCGAGGAGUUCAACGGUGACUUCGAUGACGUUAUCAACGUCAACCACGAUAGUGACCGAGAUGCCUGUGCCUGUUAA